AUGAGUCCAUUUUGGAUGGAAAGUAUCCCGCACCGGGGCAAAGCGCCUUUUCACGCCGAUUCCAAUCAAUACCAGGUCUUUCGAAACGUGAAAGACUUCGGAGCGAAGGGAGACGGCCUAACAGACGACACCAGUGCGAUCAAUUCCGCAAUAUCGUCCGGCGGCCGGUGCGGCGGUGGUCGCUGCGGGUCUUCUACCAUAUCUCCAGCGGUCGUCUACUUUCCAAAAGGCGUAUAUCUUGUAUCGGCUCCGAUCAUCGCGUACUAUUACACGCAAAUCAUUGGAGAUGCCCGUCUUCCACCUACCAUCAUGGCCAGUUCCAACUUCGCGGGGAUAGCAGUGAUCGAUGCGGAUCCGUACAUGGAAGGUGGCGCCAACUGGUAUCAAAAUCAGAACAAUUUUUUCCGUUCUGUGAGGAAUCUCGUGAUUGAUCUCAAAAGGAUGCAUGCCCGCACCACUGCCACCGGCCUGCACUGGCAAGUCUCUCAAGCUACAUCCCUGAUCAACAUCACUGUGAACAUGUCAACUGAGCCUGGAAACAAUCAUCAAGGGAUAUUCAUGGAGAAUGGCUCCGGAGGUUUCAUGGGCGAUUUGGUCUUCAACGGUGGUAAAUACGGCGUAUGGCUAGGAAAUCAACAGUUUACUGUACGCAACAUAACCGUGAACAACGCGGAAUCAGCGAUAUACUUGCAUUGGAACUGGGGUUGGACAUUUCAGAAUGUCAAAAUCAAUAAUUGUCAGGUUGGAUUCGACCUCAAUACAGGAGGAACGACACCGGAAAACCAAGCGACUCUGGCCGUCAUUGACGCCUCGGCAACAGAUACCAGAAUGUUCUUACGCACAUCGCAAGGGAGUCACGAGAGCUUGGCUGGCUCAGUUGUCCUGAGCAACAUCACCCUCACGCGCGUGCCUGUAGCAGUGCAUGUUUCGGGCGGACCCGACCUUUUGCCUGGAACAGAGAAGACUAAAAUCAUCGACAGCUGGGCCCAAGGAAAUGUAUACACCGGUAGUCAAGCUUCACCAGCGUUCACGCAGGGCCCAUUGUCUUCCCGGCCGAAACCUAGAGCGCUGCUCAACGACAAAGGCCAAAUAUACGGAAAAGGACACCCCCAAUACGAAGGCCACGGCGUGGACGACUUCAUCAGCGUCAAAGCUGAAGGCGCACGCGGCGACGGGCAGACCGACGACACUGCCGCUAUACAAAAAAUCCUAAAUCAGUUUGCCGCGACCAAAAUCGUUUUCUUCGACCAUGGCGUAUAUGUUGUAUCUUCGACGAUUUUCAUUCCCCCCAAUGCUCGCAUCGUCGGCGAAGCGUGGUCUGUGAUUAUGGGAGUUGGACCGAACUUCGAACGAGAAUCACAUCCAAGGGUUGUCGUUAAGGUCGGCCAAAUGGGCGAUACUGGUCUUGUUGAGAUCACAGACGUCAUAUUUGCUACGCGAGGGUCAACCCCAGGUGCCAUCAUCGUUGAAUGGAAUGUUCACGAUGCAACUACGAGCCGCGGCGGAAUGUGGGAUACGCAUAUAAGGCGAGGAUCUUUCUGCUUGGAAGCGGCGCAAUGUUCGUCCGACAAAGCGGAUGCUAACGUAUACGCUGCCUUCCUUGGACUUCACCUUACCAGAGACUCGACGGCUUAUUUGGAGGGAACUUGGGUCUGGCUUGCGGACCAUGACUUGGACUAUGGCGAAGGCUCAACCCAAAUCACUUUGUUCAGCGGACGAGGAAUCCUUUCAGAGUCGCAGGGACCCGUCUGGAUGAUUGGAACAGAACACCACGUUCUAUACCAGUACAGCUUAGUGGGCGCCAAGGACCACUACAUGGGCCUCAUUCAGACGGAGACACCAUACUACCAGCCACUUCCUGCACCUCCUGCGCCAUGCUCCUUGCACGCUGAAUACCACGACCCGCCCGCUAAUUCGUUUACACAUCAAGCAGCGUGGGGGCUUUGGGUGCGCAAGUCGUCGGGAAUCAUCGUCUUCGGUAGGCCGCAUUACCCAUCCUUCUGCCUCUUCAACUACACCCAGGCGUGCAUCGCCGACAAGUCGUGCCAAUCGCACAUCGCGAACGUCGACGAAGGGUCGGAUAUCGAGAUCUACAGCCUGUCCACCGUGGGCACGAUGUGGAUGCUCAGCGUCGAAGGCGAGGGCAUCAUCAACUGGAGCAAGAAUAGGAACGGGUUCGCAGAGACAGCGACGGCGUGGGCGAAGAGUUGGUCUUCAUGA